CGAUUCCGGCAGUGCUAUAAAGGCAAGAACAUUUGGUACCAAAAAUAACUUCAUCAGGGCUGAUCCCCGGCGUACUCACCUAACCAUGAGACAUCUGGUAGUGUUGGCGGCUGUACUCACGAUAGUUGUGGCUGAUUUGAUUCACACGAAAGGGAAGUGUCCAGGUGAUCGUAAAACAGGCGAAAAAUGGCAGGAAACUGGCUGUAGAGAGUGUAAUUGUAAGGCCAGUGGAUACGUGUGUGCCAGUUGCGAUGACACUGAUUUCUUCUACGAGAGAGACACGUGCUACCUAGAGGCAGACGACGAUAUAGACUACCCAGAAUGCUGCGUCCCGGAUCUCGUCUGCCGGGGCGACGAAGGCUUCAACGCCACCAAGCUGCAACAGGCGCGUGCGAGACCCACCCCACGGCCCCGCCCCAUCAAGUCGAGAAUAGUCAAGGUCAAACUGGUGGGAAAAGUCGGAAAAAGCAAAAAAGGGAAAAAAUUUGGGAAAAAGGUCGGGAAAAAAGUGGGGAAAUUGAUAAAUAAAGCAAUUUUUGGCGGGAAAUAAAACAACACGCAUCGAAGAUUCUAAAGUGUAUUGAACUAAACUGCAUGUUACAUCAUUUUUAGAUAUUGAACAGAUGGCCAAAAAAAGAAAAUUGUAAAUUGUUUUGCUUUUUUGCAUUUUGGAGGGCGUUAUUCUAAAUAUAAUUAAUACAAUGUUGUUGUUUUUUUGUCGAUUAGAUUUUUAAAAUAUAUAGAUUCUAAUAUCAACAACGAUAGCUCAAUAAACAGUGUGAAAAAAUAUGUAAAAUAUGUAGGCCUAAUUGAAAUUAAUUUUUUAGACUUCAUUUGUGUGCGACUAGGACUUGGAUAGUGCAGCCUAUGUUCAUAUAAUUAAAUAUAAUAUAUUGGAAUGUAUUCUAUCAGUUUGCUAUGUAUAUUAUAAUAUUAGGGUAUGGUAAUAAGGCAUCUAAAAACUAAGAGUUACCGGACCUGAAAAUAAGAAUAUUUAAUGUUAAAACAGAUUGUAUCAAAGUAUUUUUCUGAUUUUUUUUUGGUAAAAAAUAAAAGCUAU